AUGUGGAAGAAGGCAGAGGAUAGUGGGUGGGGGAAGGAGGAGAGGGACGUCGCGAAGAGGAAGAAGGCAGACGGAAAAGGGAUAGAAGAAAAGACGGAGGUUCAUCGUUUGACGAAGAAGACAGAGGAGAUGCCUGAACGAUUGAAACUUAUUUUUCACCAUGGUGGAAAGUUUGAGACAUAUCCUGGUGAAAAUUUUAUCUACACAUCUGACUUGUAUGAUGAAUGGGUUGGAGUCGAUGAAAACUAUCUUGACGUGUUUGCAGUAACAUGUUAUUAUAGAGAAUUGGGGUAUGAUAAGGCUGAAGCAUGUUGGUUUUUGGACCCUAAAGAUGGGUUGGAUUUCGGUCUUAGGAGAUUGCAAGUGGACCAGGACGUUGUUAGUAUAAUCGAGCACUGCCAUGAGAAUAACAACGUCAUCCACAUCUAUUUUGAGCAUGGACCUUCGAUUCUUUAUAUAAUUGAUGUAAUGGAGUUGUCUGAUGAGGAUCAUGCUAUAGGCCAGAAGGUUGGAAUGGAAGGCAUGGAAGAAGAUAGAGUAGAAGAGGACGGUUUAUACAAGCCACACAUGCCACUUGACUCUGUGGACUCAAGCAGUGACAACAAUGAUGAUGUUGGUCCUGCCAGCGAUAGGAGAAAAAGGAAGACUGGCAGUGACAAUGAUAAAGGCAAGAAGAAGGUUAUUAAUGAUGAAGAUACUUUUUGUCCCCCUUCAAUGGAUGCAUCUGAUUAUGAGAAAGAGGUAGAUGAUGAUGAGAAAGAAGAAAACUUGCAAUACUUUGAGGAUGAAGUAGACCCAGCUGUGAAUCCCAUCUUCAAUGAUGCUGCCAAGUUUGGACAUGUGAGGUUAGAGCUAGGUAUGGAGUUUACCACUAGGGAUGCUUUUAAGAAAGGGGUUAGAAAUUAUACAUUACAAGAGGGUAGGGGUGUUAGGUACAAGAAAAAUGAUACUACUAGAUGUAGGGUGAUUAAGACCUUUAAUAAUGAUCAUACAUGUGAGAGAACUUUCAAGAAUAGAUGUACAACUAGGUCUUGGGUGAUGUACUUGAUAAGAAGAGCUUUGGGUGAUUCAAGGAAAAUAGUGAGGGGUGAUGAAGCUACAGAAUAUGCUAAACUCAGAGAUUAUGCAGAUGAGCUAUUGAGAUCUAAUCCGGGUUCAACUAUCAAGUUAGGUGUUAGUCUGAUGCCUAACGGAGAAGGUGUAUUUGAAAGGUUUUAUGUCUGUUUGAAUGGAUGCAAGAAAGGUUUUGUGAGUGGCUGUAGACCCUUGAUAGGACUUGAUGGGGCUUUUUUGAAGACCUAUUAUGGAGGUUGGCUGCUGUGCACCAUGGGUCAGGACGCGAAUAAUCAUGUGUACCCAAUUGCAUGGGCAAUUAUUCAUGUUGAGAACAAAGACAACUGGAAGUGGUUCUUGGAGCUCUUGCAUGAAGACAUUAGAGAUCAGACAGAGCAUGGUUGGUGCCUCAUCUCUGACAUGCAGAAGAUUUUAAUCCCAGCAUUACGUGAGGUUAUGCCAAGUGCGCAUCACCGCUUCUGUGCAUGGCACCUUUGGCAAAACUUUCAGAAACAAUAG